AUGGGCGAAUUCAUGCUGAAUAUCAACACAAGGAAACUUAAGUUUAAUGAACCAAAUUUUGGAAAUGACUCGAGUCCAUCUCUAGGAAAUUCAAAUAGCCUAUACUCCAAUAGCAAUGCAUCUGGCGCUUCCCUUCGAAAAAUUCAGUCUCCUUCGAAACAGUCGGUUAGAUCCUACAAAUACUCGCAGAUGCAGCAACAGCAACAACAGCAACAGCAGCAACAGCAGCAACAGCAGCAACAGCAGCAAUCACAACACCAGCAAAAUUUACAGUUUAAUGACCAGCCUCUUUUCCAUGUACAACAGCACAACGUUCCUGAGAACGCAAACCAAGCACCACCUUUAUUCAUGUGCGAACCGUUUAUCAAAACGGCCCUUGUUAAGGGCUCUUAUAAAACUAUUGUACAGCUUCCGAUGUAUGUGGAUUAUCACGAGUGGCUAGCAUUAAAUGCAUUUGAAUUUUAUAACCAUUUGAAUAAGUUCUAUGGUGUUAUUGCUGAAUAUGUAACCCCUGACAAGUAUCCGACCAUGAACGCUGAUCCAAGAACUGAAUAUGUCUGGUUAAUGCCCAACAAUCGUUCCGCAUCUCUUCCAGCUAAUCAAUACAUCGAAUAUGCUUUAACUUGGAUCAGUAACAAGAUAAACGAUCAAACAAUAUUUCCAACGAAGUCGGGUAUGGCUUUUCCUCCUUCAUUCUUGAGAGAUAUUAAGGGGAUAUGCAGACAGAUGUUCCGUAUCAUUGCACAUAUAUACUGGAACCAUUUUGAGAAAAUAGUACAUUUGUCGCUAGAAGCUCACUGGAUUUCAUACUUCAGUCACUUCAUUUCUUUCAUAAGAGAAUUUGAUUUAAUGGAAGCCAAGGAAUUGGAGCCUUUAUCAGUAUUGAUUGAUAAUCUUGAAGCGCAAGGAAGGAUUAUUAAACUCGAGAAUACACAAAGUUACCAGAAGCUUCAACAUAGUACAAAUUCAGCUGGUACCGUGUUUUGA